UCGUCUCUUACCGAGAGUUAGGUCGGGUGCUAGCGAUCGAGGGCGCUGAGCAUACCAGCAUUCUCACCCUACUUCCUCUACAUAGUUUUUGGUCGCGCAGGAGUACGCCGGGACGUAGGUAGCGCUAAGUUGUGAGUAAGGAGACCAUCGUGUGGAGUACGCCUAGACGUUUUUUUUAACCCUCGCUCUUGCUUCAUAAUUCAAAUUUUGGAAAUCUUUGCGUCGUAGCCCAGGAGCUGAGUGUUACUGGGUUUUUUUUUCUUCUAAAUAUAUAGUGAGUUAUUCAGUCGACAACAUAGUUCUUAUCACAUGCUUGAUGUGUUGUGUUGUCGCCACUGAGCUCCGUUGUUUGUGACCACAACACAUAGACAGACUCAACCAUUGGUAGCUGGUAGACAAGAGAUCGUAGCUCACCAAACACGUACCGGAAGACGUGGUUUUCUUGGAUAGCAAAGUACUGAACAACUUUAGGUGCCCAUUCUAACUCGUGAAUCUUGUGAGGGUUUUAUUUGUAUUUGGAUAUCAACUAUUCUGAGUUGGAUUAUCAUCUGGAUUACUGAUAAUGUGUGCUUAAUGGAUUCUUGACAAAUGUGGAUCGUAUCAUUUCAUGGAAAACACAUUUAGAUGAGCCCUGAUUUGCAUAAAGUCAAAUGCCACCGGGUCAAAAUGUCAAGAUUAUGACCCAUCUUGAGAUGAGGACAUUGGAUGUUCACUACGACCCUGACGAGGCAGAAAUGUCGGCCCAGGAGCGUCUUCUGUACAACAACAACUACAACAGCAACCACCACCACCAUCUGCCCAUGAAUGGCGAAGAGGAGCCGCACUAUCAGCUACCGUACGCCCAUCUACACCAGAGCCCCUACCUCCACCAUCAGCAUCAGCUUCAGCAGCAGCAGAGCUCCUACAGCAGCGACGACCACAGCAGCAUAUACAACCCUCGCCACAUCAACGGUAACGGACUCGCGUAUCCGCAAGGGACCUUCCACGACAAGUACAGCGUGGCCUACCCCGUCAGGGACGAUAACCUGGGUCGUAGAGGAAACCGCCCAACUGGCUCUGGCAUCGUGUACAGGCCGAGGCGGAAGAUAUGGUGGGUGGCCAUCCUUCUUCUUCUAUUGCUGUUGGUCAUCGCCGGCGCCGUGGUCAUAGCAAUUUAUUUCACGGUUCUCAAAAAGGAGGCGGAGCCUGUCACUGUGAUGGAUAGCAAUGUAAUCAAUAAAAACAAAAGCAACAAUCGCUUAGACAAUAUGGAAGGGGUGACACAGCAACCUCCGUAUAACAUUCCAGGGACAUUUACUUCGCCUUAUCAACCAUCGCGGCCAAACAUACCGGACUUUUCUGAUAUCAAGAUUCAGAAGUUUGACGCCUAUUGGCACCCGGGAGACUCCAGGCUUUUUACGGCCACUCUAAUCAACGGCACCCAAAUUCAGGUCUUUGGGCCGAAGAAGAGCGACGGUACGGUCAAGUCAAUCUACUCCCUGGGUAUGACCGACGUGGGCGGAUCCACUAAAUCUGUGAGGUUCUUGGGGCUCAGGAACCUGGCGUCUGUCGUGCUUCCCAGCGGCGUCACUGUGAAUUACGAGCUGACCUCAGACAUGCUUAUUGAGAUCAAAGUUUUCGAGCCGUUUACGGAGCAGACGAAAGGGCCCAUUUCUCACCUUGCCAUCGUGGAAGUCACCAACGCUUACAUUCUACGUCAAAUCUCCAGGGUCAUUGCCGACACCCACCAGCUGAGAAAGGAUCCUAUGAGCGGAAGCAGACGCGGGAGCGUAAAAUGUUUCACGCGUUUCCCGCUGAAGGUCACGAAAUGCGGAGGCCAGUACAAUUACGAUGGAGCGUACGUCCAAGGGGAGAUAUCCGGUAUCGACAAGCCGAUCAUCGUGGCAGCGCUGCCUUGGCCCAAAGAGCCGGACUCUUGCUAUGACCAGGACAUAUCUGCCUCCAACUAUUACCUCCCUCUUCCCGGAAAAGUGGACAACGACAACGCCACCAUGAUCAAGGAAGCUUACAUUGCCUCUUCCGCUCAGCUCUUUACCGAGCUGUGCAAUAAGAUCAACGAUCAGGUCUAUCACGACUACCACAGUCUGUGCUCCGAGAUGGCUGAGAAGGUCCGGAAGAAGCUAAGCCGGCACCAGCUUCUUGACAUUGUCUACGACAGCUGUAGUGCCAUCUUGAAUUCUCUUCACACCGCAUGCGUUGCAAUCACUGGCAUAUCAGCGGCGGACAACAUGCCUUCGUUAAAUGAGAACGGGCUCCUGCGAAGCUUCCAUCGGCGUCUCUCCGACAGCUUUCAGCCUGGACUUCCGGACACAGUGGAUCUGAAAGCCCACGCUUUCUGCCCUUCCUCUCUUCCGAUCAGUUCGUUCCAGACCACGGUAGACAUCAGACCCAACCGCAACAACAUCGUUCAAGACACGAUCCACAUCAACUGCCCCAACUACCCGGAGGUUACCUAUGUGGGCCUUGACCACCUUGUGAGCAAAUCCGACCUGCAGUCGUCCUCCUCCCACUUCGACAUGGUCAAGCAUAAGAUGCGCAUAUGCUCAAUCUGCGCCUUCGAGAAGUCCGUGAGUGCCAAGAUCAUUAGCGAUGAGAUGCUAUGCAACACCACCUGCCCUAAAGAUAACAUGGUGGAGUCCACCAAGGUGAACAUGAUGGAGACGAUCCCAAACACGUACAUCCCCGAGGAGAAGGACUUCAUGGAACAAGACAGCGUCUACUGCCACGACUUCCUGACAAGUGUCAACAACCGGAUGGAGCCUAUUGGGCGUGGCUGCGUGGGGAACUGCCUGUCCCAUCUCCACGUCCAAUUCAAAAUCCGCGACCCCAAGACAAACGUUUACUUCUACGACCAGACCGUGCAAUGCACAGAGCUUCAGAAACAGGCGUGCAAGAUGAAAUUCGGUGUGUAGACUUAACACGAAUAGCUCGUGUUUGGACAUACAUUGAUCUUUUAUUUAAAAUGGCAGCAACUCUGUACCUCAAAUCCCUGCUUAAAAAGAGGGCAGUAGCGUAGAUGAAGCUAGUUUGAAACAGGUUUGAACCUAGGAAAACCUGUCAAGAAAAUUAAGAAAACCUGCUAAGAAUACAACUGACUGUAUUCACACAUCGAUUCCAUGUUGCAACUUCGAUUCAUUUCUUUUGUUCUUAACUCGCUUGUGGUGAAAUCUGUUACAUGAUAGAGUUUAUCCACAUGGUAAAUCUAUGUAAAUUACUUACGUAGAUGUUGAAGUAACUGUCGCAAAUGCUUGAAAUAUUCACCACUACCAUCUUUACGAAACUUACCCAGACGAUAGCUGCAAGAAACCUUGACCUUGAUUAAAAAAAAAACGGAAACUGCAGCACUGGUUCAUUAUAAUGCAACAGUAAACAUGCUAUUUGCACAGUGUGUGUGUGUUCGACUUGCCACUUUUCAGAAAUAAGAUCAUCGCUAAAUACUCCAAGUCCUUGGACUUUAUGUCAUAUGUUUUUUCAAUAAUGUCAAUGUGCCAUUUCCAACAUCUUUCAAAUGGUAAAUAAUAUUUCUGUUUCAAAACUUGUGGUCCUGACCUAUAAGCUUGUCUUUCAUCUCGAAAGAACAUUGGUUCAACAUACAUGGAUGGCUAAUUGUAAAUGCAUUCAGGUGGAAAAGAAAUUAUUCUAUGGGCAUUAAGUACUCUUGGAUAAUCUAAUACUCGUUUUGGUAGUGGAGCACAUUGCGAAAUAAUACUAAUCAAUGCAUAAAUGCAAGAAAAAACUGUGAUAAAAAUGGUGAACGCUUUUGUUCAUGGGAGAAUAUGGAUGGAAUAUUUAUCUUUAAAAUGUUCAUUGUGGUAGUUGUGUAGAAGAAUUGUAUACUUAAUAUUGUGUUCUGGCUGGGUGUAACUGUUAACAAAGAUUGUGCUCAGACAAUGGGAGCUAUGCUGACAACAAGGAGUCGAGGCAAAACGUUUGAAUGAGCUCCUCAGCUUCCCCAUUUUCCAGCAGGUGGCAGCAGGAUCUCCGGUUCCUUCUCUUUUUCCAGCAUAACUCGUUUUAGUGUCAUUUAUUUAAUAUGCACUGACCAUUGCCAGGUGUGCUAAUAGAAACGUGCAAGAAGGAAUCGUUGGCAGACGACUUCCUCUUGUGACUCUGGAAGAUGGCUUAACAAACAAUCCAAUGAUUCAGUUUCAGCCCGUCACUUGAUUUAACAGUUACAAAAUCCUAGGCUACGGUUGGUCAUGCCAGUGCCAAAGUCCACAUGAAGAGUAGAUCAAACGAUAAGGAGGAGCAGGCAGCAGUUAUAACGGGCUUGCAAGUUAUAGGGCCACACUGCUGACUAGUAUGCAACUCGGAGAACAUUUUCCAGUACUUUCUCAUAUAUACAAAUAUAGCUUUGGUUAUGCGUGAACACCUGUAUUUAAUCCAUGACUUAUUAAUGUAUAAAGAAUUCUGAGCAUAAAACAAGACAUUGAAUUGCACCAUAUAAUAUAUUAAGUUUUUCUUUUUUGUUUCUUUAAUGCCUUGUUUCAGAAAUACACAUAACAACCUCCCAACCAUUUGUAUACAACUUCUCUAUGCACCUGGCUGUAUUUACUUAGGAGAUAUGCAAGAUACGGUGCUGUCUAAGGAGACGAUCCCCAAGAUUGUGUGUUUAAUAUCUGUGUCACAGCAAGAUUGUCUGUGGACCAUUACAUUCACAAAAUUUCUAUUUAUAAUUUGAUUUUUUAAAUAUUUUUACAUGAUAUUUGAAUAGAUUUAUUUUUACAUUUACAUUAGUGAAUAGUCUGUUCUUUGAUUGUUUUCAGUUAUCCACAAAAAUUAUUAUUUUUUCGCUAGUAUCUCUUUGUUUUGGGUAUUUGGGUAAAUUCUCUCAGGCGUCAGUUUAGUUAUUGUAUAAUGGACAGAUUCGAACUUUGACCCUCACACACUUUCUAUUAUCUGGUAUGACUUCUGUCUAAACGUAGCAAGCCAGGGAAGUGCAUUCAGUUUAUCUGGAGUCACUUUGUCCUUUGACAUUGCUUCAACUGACUUUAAGAUUACAAUUCUUUCCCAGACACUAACUGGUUAAGUCCCUUUGACCAAUCAAUAUGAGAACUUUUAAUUAGCAGCCUCGAUAGGACUUAAUUAACAGCCUCGUUAUUAAGCAGCAUUCACUAUAAUUGUAUUAUUGAUAAACCAAACGGUCUAAAUUAUUCCUUAAAUUCCAUCAGCACUGAAAAGACAAUAAGUACAGUCAAAACUCGCUUGGCCAUCUCUGUCUUGACUAGAUCUACAUCUCUUAUCACACUUUAAAGCUGUCUUGUAUUAGUUAUGUUACAAAUAAAAUAUACGUUGGUAGGUCUAAGGAUAAAGAUCUGCAUUGUAGGAUGCAAGGAUAAAGAUCUACAUUGUAGGGUGUAAGGAUAAAGAUCUACAUUGUAGGGUGUAAGGAUAAAGAUUUACAUUGUAUUGUGUAAGAAUAAAGAUCUACAUUCGAUAAAGGAUAAAGAUCUACAUCGUUAGGUCUAAGGAUUAAGAUUUACAUUCUUAGGUCUAAGGCUAAAGAUUUACAUCAUUAGGUCAGAGGAUUAAGAUCUACAUUCUUAGGUCUAAGGCUAAAGAUUUACAUUAUUAUUUCAAAGGAUAAAUAUCUACAUUGUAGGGUGUAAUCGUUAGGUCUAAGGCUAAAGAUUUACAUCAAUAGGUCAAAGAUUAAGAUCUACAUUCUUAGGUCUAAGGAUACAGAUCUACAUUGUUAAGUCUAAGGCUCUAAAGUUGAAGAUUUACAUCAUUAGGUCAAUGGAUAAAGAUCUACAUUAUUAGAUCUUCGGCUAAAGAUCUACAUUGCUAAGUUUAAGGCUAAAGAUCUAUACUGUUGGUGCUGAGGACAAGCUGUUGAAGUGAGUCUUGACUGUACUACUUUUCUUUUCUUAUUGUUCCAUAACACUGCAAUGUAUGUUGUGUAUUAUCUAUUUUUAAAAAUGUUUAUUGUAUAUAAAUAUAUGACGGAUAUAAUAUCUUAAAAUAUAAUAAUAAAACCAUGACUAAGUGUAUCAAACACUAUAACCCAUGACGUCUCUGUUAAUGUAUGCAUAAUGUUAUGUUCCCAUGUUCAUCUGUAUAUGAAUCAUUGACCGAAUCACAGUUAUAUGGUGACGUAUAAUUGUCUAUUUGGCUUAAAUGCCAAUUUAUAUUUAGUUGCUAUUUUUUUUUUAAAUAUGAAGUUAUCUUGAAGUAUUGAUUGGGCACGAAUGGAAGUGUUUAAGAUUGUGUUGUACACAAAGUGUAUAUCCUACUAAAACUAUUUGACUUCAUAUAUAGAAUAAAUUAUGAAACUUAUUUAAAAAUCUUUUGAUGUUAUUAGUUGUUUUUUUUCCUAUUAUAUUGCAUAUUUAAAAAGCUAGAAAUGAGAUUAUUUGAAUCCUUUCUUUCAAGCCGUCACAAGAUGUUCUCUUUGCAUUUUAACAAUUUUAUUUGGAAAUGAAAUAGCUUUGAACUUUGCAAAUCUAAAGUCCGAUUUUUUAAAUAAAUAGUUUUAUCACUUCAAUUAUUUUUAGCACCAUUUUCAAAGUAUGCAGAUCUGUAGCUACCAAUCCUCAAAUUGAUCUUUAUUCUUUACCCGCAACUAGCAGGCAUAAAUGUGGCUUUAUGCCACAUGUGGCGCUGCACAACAUAAAUGUGAAAAUAUUAUAGAUGUGGCUUUUCACUCUUAUACUUUACUUCAUUAUCUAUAGUGAACAAUGCGUGUUUGUGUUAAUUAAAAUAAAGUUAAUUAAUAUCCAGGACUACCGCAAACGUUCAGUUCAUUUCUACUUUUGACACCAAAAUGUCACUUGAUACAACCUUAGUCUUUCUAUUAUUACCGUUCCUCGGUAGACGACUUUAGACGAUUCUAUACAAAUGUAAAUAGCAUGGUGUAUUCCUCAUGGUGUACAUAUCUAUGUGUACAUAACGCGGUCUGCUUUGUUUGGAUGAGUGAAUAGAGAACAGCAGAUGAAUGUAUUUGUUGGAAUUAAAGUCACAAGUCUCUGGGAAAUGUACCAAAUAAAUAUAUGUGCAAUAUUGAGAUUUCAUAGCAUAAUAAACUAAAGAUUAAAGAUAAUAACUAUAUCCUCGACUAAUUAAUGUGCUUCUAUUACUAGAAGACAAGUUUCUUGGUUAUUGUAAUAAUUUUACAGAUUAGAAAGAUAAUUGAUUAGUAUACUCAAUAUAUAAACAAGAAAGUCAACCAUUGUAUUAAAGGUUGAUUAUAAAAUGUACAGUUUUUUUUUAUGCAAACCAAUGUUAUACACAUGUUUAAAAAGACAUUAUUGAUGAUAAAAUAAUCACAUAGAUUUCCGACCCCUCGUCCCCACCGGUGUCGUGUACGAAACUUGGAGGAGCUGAAAAAAAAGCGGAAAAGGGGGGGGGGGGAAUGGGUGGUAAGAGAAACAGUUCCUUUAGUUACCAGCAGCUAAUGGAAGGUCAUCUUUUGAAUAGCUUUAUAGUCUCCCCCGGAUAUUGGGGUACCAACUUGGAAAUGCAUUAAGUGGUUCCGUUGAACUCAUUGAGUUUUGUCUCUGCUAAAAACCGACGCUCCCUCUCUUGAGAUUAGAGGUUGGAAAAACCACUCUGGCUGAUCUAAUGGAUCGAACCAUCCAAGGUAAAAAAAAAAAUAGUAUAUUAGUAAAACCUAGUGGCCGUCAUUCCAGAAAGUACAAGAUACCCUAUAGUGAUGUUGGUAAAACAUGAGUAGUUUAGAGUCGUAAGGGUAGGACAUACAGUUUGUUCUUUUUAAUGGUUUGGUUACGUCUUUGGUAAAAAAAAUAAUUAAAAAAAGAUCAAUUACGAUAUGAAUUCCUUUGGGAUAAGAUCAUUGUAAAUGCAGGUCUUAUUGAUCAAUAUCCCAUUGGUCUUUGUGAAGGACUAUAUCUACGAAUGAAUACCACAGACUAAAUACUUCCCUUAUGUUGAGCACAGUGUAUGAAAUAAAUGAUCACCAGGGUCCUGGACUUUCAGUUUCGCGAAGCAGUCCCUAAUAGACAAGUGGUCACCCGAGUCCAGAUAUUUUCCUUAUGUCCUGGUUUUAAGACUAAAACAUUCGAGGCUGUUGUGGUGGGUUUACAUGACGUUAAUUUAUUCAUGGGCUUUAAAAUCCGCAUACAGAUGAGUAGAAUAUAAAUGAAGCAUACUUAACAGUUAAAUUUCAUACAGUAACAGAGACUAUACAAGCCACCCCCCCCCCCUUUUCCCUUAUUUCUAAACAGACUCAGUUUCAUUCAAAGAAUUAACAUUUGCGAAUUAGAAGAGGUCAUCCUAUGGGGAUGUCUCGUUAGCUAAGGGAAAAAAGACUCGGCUCAAGAUAUCAAUGUAUGUGUGUGUAUGUUCAUGUAGGCGUAUAUGUGACUACGCAAGAAGGAAAGACUGUAAUUUUUUUUUCUGAAGAUUCUAUGAAUGAAGUCUUGGAAGUUGUAUUAUCAGCUCAUGUAAGUAGUCUAGCAUGUAUGUAUAGUAUGUUUUCAAUUCGUUUAAGUCUAAUUGUAUUCUGUGCUCUUUAAAAGACCAUAUUAUGUUACUUAUUAUGUUAGUAAUUUCCUUUGUAUUUUAUUGUUUCUCUUUAAAGAAAUUCCUAUUGUAGCCUCCCUUUAAAAUCAAGCUGAAUACUUGGGUCAAUCUGAUGUGUACAUAUAUGUACAUAUAAACCCAGGUCAUUUUAAACCCAGUUCAUGAUUAUUAUAGCCAAAACAAUGCCAUAAAUUGAAUCAAAAUUACAGCAAUCCUUCGAAAAAGUCAAAAUAGAGAUCUAAUAGUGAACGAAACCUAUUUAAAGAAGCAAAAUAAUUAUCUUUCGUGUGUCCACAGUCCCUAGCUCAAUUCGUGGGGGGAAAUAAUCUAAUUAAUAUUUAUGCAUUUUCUUGUCUAUAUUGAUUCGAUUCAAUCCCCUUCACAUAAAGUGUCCGCAAAGACUGAUGAUUAAGUUCAGAUGGAUCAGUUUUUAAAUGUGAUUCAGAUGAUUAGCUAUUGCAAGAAACUGUUGCCUGUUCUCGGUAUUCAAUGGAUGCAUACAAACUGUUCUAUCUAUAUACGAUGCUGUUGUAGACUUGAUGUCAUGUGUAGAUGUCAUGUGUAGAUGCCAAGAUCAUCUCUGUUUUAUUUCAUCGCCCUUGUAGUCAUCCUCUGCGUCAUCUGUGAUGUCAUCGUACGUGUCUUACCAAAACCCCAUGACAGUCAGGCAGUCAGUGUCACUGGUUCGUCAUAUUGAUGCUUACUCUUUAUAAUACUUGUUAUGCUGAUAACUAUAUUUGAAAUAAACUUUAUUAUCUCAGCA